AUGGCAUCUGUUCCACCUCCCCCACCUGGCACCAUGUUUGUCCCUCCCCCUCUCCCUCCAGGGUGGACCGAACAUAAAGCUCCUACUGGGCACACCUAUUUUUAUCAUGCCGCCACCAAACAAUCGACAUACACUCGGCCACUUCCUCCAAUUCAUAUGGGAGGAUCUGCCCCAGGCCCCCCUCCCUCGUUUCCUACAGCUACAGCUCCAGCAGGUGUUGCUAACACCACAACGGAUAGCAAUGCAACCCCGGAAACCGCGUCGGAAAAGAAAUCCAAAAAAUCCAAAAAGGAGAAGCCUGCGAAGAAAACGCCUAUUCCUGACACACCAUGGCUGCGCGUUGUGACGAAUCUAGGAAACGUAUUUUAUACACACACCGAACGGAAAGAGAGUGUAUGGACAGUUCCCGACGAAAUUGCAGAUGCGGUAGCAGAGUUGGAGCGGGAGGAAGAAGCCAAGAAAGAGGCAGAGCGUGAGAGGGAGUUGCGGGAGAAGAUAGAGCAGGAGCAACGUAAAAAGGAGGAACAAGAAAAGCUGGAGGUAGAGCGAGUACGGAGAGAGGCAGAAGCGGCUGGAGCAAAACGAAAGGCGGAGGAGUCUGAAGAGAAUGCUGCCAAGAAGGCUCGCGUGGAGGAUGAAGAGGAUGAUGAUGAGGCAUGGCAGAGGCAAGUUGCGGAGGAGAUGGCAAACGAAGGAGAAGAGUCGACUUCUGCCAACAAAGCCCCGGCUGAGGACGCGGGGCCGGUUGUUCCACCUGUCUUCAAGGUUCCUGAUCAAGUUAAACUUAAUCCCGAAGAGGCCAAGGCAUUGUUUAUGACUUUGCUCAAUGAUGUAUCUCCUAAUCCUUUACUCCCUUACGACUUGGCUUUACCUCAACUCGUCAAUGACGCGCGAUAUGUAUUGUUGCCUCCCAAUGACCGCAAGGCGGUCUUUGACGAUUGGUGCAAAGAUCAAGCCCGCAACUUGCGAAAAAAUAAAACGAAGGAAGCAACGACGACACCAGAGGCCGCAUAUGAAUCAUUGCUCCGUAGCGAGGUUAAAUCUACACGUACUCAAUGGGAUGAGUUCCGCCGAAAGUGGAAGAAAGAUAGGAGGUUCUAUGGGUACGGCCGAGACGACAAGGAACGGGAGAAGAAAUUUCGUUCGUGGUUGGUUGAGCUUGGUGAAACCAAACGCAAGGAAGCCAAGAAGGCCGAGGAUGACUUCAUCGAGCUUUUGAAGACUGUCGAAGGCGUCACAAGGGACUCCGAAUGGAAGGAUGUCAAACGUGGCAUCGCCCAAGAUCCCAGAUACGACGCUGUCGGAUCAGCCAGCCGGCGGGAAGAACUAUUCAACAAGUUCAAAUCUAGCGCGAAGCACGAAUCUUCCAAGAGUGAGCCGGCCGAAGCCAAACCUGAAAGCAAAGGCGAAAAAGAGAGGGAAAGUAAAGCCGCGCGACGGGAACGCGCUCUCAAAGAACGCGAGGCUCAAGUCCGGGCCGUUCAGAGUAACGUUGAGCGGGAUAUCAAUCAGUCUCGAGGGAAACUUGGACGAGAAGAGGCCGAGCUCGAACUCGGCACUGUUCUUACGGACGCGAUCAGGGACCCACUGGCAACCUGGAAUUCAUCAUUAUCGACAUUAGAAUCGGAUCCUAGGUUCCAGCAUGCAUCGCAGGUUUUACCGAUCGGCGCUCAGCGCGCCAAGUUUGCGGCUCAUAUCGAGCAUCUCCGAGCUCGCUACAUAUCCCAGUUGCAUGCUCUAUUUGAGGCACAUAUGACGAGUCUGAAUAUGCCAGCUGAGGCACUUCCCAAAUCGGUCCGAGGAUCUCUGCCUGCGGUGAAGCUAGGCUUUGUUACGGGUGACCUCGAAAAGGAGGGGCCUGGCGACGACCAAGAGAUGCUGGACGACGACGAUACCUCGAAGAGCCAGGGCCGGUUAAACAAAGGGUUGGCAGACGAGUACGCUCGCUGGCAGCGCAACAAGGUGGCAGAGGCCCGUGUCGCCUUUGAUGCGUUACUCGGAGAAAACUCAUUUGUGGAGUUCUGGGGUCGGUUGGCCAAGAUGGGCGGAGAGGGUAUCAACGGCGGCGUGCCUAUCGAUGGGGACGACGAAGAAAAUGAGGAAGGAGAAGGUGGAGGCGGAAAGGUGGAUAUGAAAGCCUUGGCUAAGAACGUGGAUGUAUCGGAGAUGGAGAAAGUUCUAAAGGCGAGUCCCACAUUUGAAUACUUGAAGCCCGGUUUGACCUUUGCCUGA